AUGGUCAAAUCGUAUAACCGUUACGACGAGGAGAAGUGCUUUGGGGUUAUUACCUCGCACUCGAAUAUAAUCUGGCUUCCGCCAAGUGACUCCCAAUCGUCCACAUCUGUUGGACGAGCAUUAACAUCAGGAUUAGAAGAGAUCCUCAUCUGGGACAUCAAGACCGGUGAAUUGCUACAACGAUUAAAUGAUGGACUUACACCGGGAGCAUCAAAUGCUAGUACAGUUACAGCACCUAGUCCAGUAUCACACUUGGCGUACCACAGAGACACAAAGUUGAUUGCAGCAGGGUACAACGAUGGAAAGAUUAAGAUCUGGGAUGCAAGUUCUCAAUCUGUCUUGAUGACAUUUGAGGGUCACAAGUCGAGUAUUUCAGUGUUGAAAUUUGACACGAGUGGAACUAGAUUAGUUAGUGGUUCAAAUGAUACCAGCAUUAUCAUGUGGGAUCUUGUAGGAGAACUGGGGCUAUUCAAAUUGAAAGGACAUAAAGGUCCCAUUACAGGGUUGGAAUUUUUGUCAGAAUCAAAGCAAGACCUGGAUUUUGAUAGUAUGGAUGACUACAUACUUACAAGUUCAAAAGACGGGCUACUCAAAUUGUGGGAAUUGAAAAGUCAACAAUGCAUAGAGACUCAUUUAGCACACAGUAGUGAAUGCUGGUCGAUGGGAGUGAAUAGUGACAAAAGUAUGGUAAUUACCACAGGGAACAAAGAUCAAGUCAAAGUUUGGGGAGUCGAUCUUAGUCGCGAGGAUGGAGAAAAGAUUUACGAAAGAGGUAUGUUUGAGAAAACGAGUAAAGCCAGAGGCAACGAGUUGCAUUUCAAGAAUAUUAAACACGAGGGUGUGCCAAUAGAGCUAUUUUUAGUACAGAAUGCCGACAGAACCAUGGAGAUAUUCCGCGUGAGAUCCGAAGACGAAAUGAAGAAAGGAAUUACAAAGAGGAUGAAGAGAUUAAAGGAUAAAGGUUUAGAUGAUGAAGAGAUUUUGGAAUCAAUUCAAAGCUCUGAAAUAAGCAUGCUUAUAACACCAUUCACAACUGUCAGACUACACGCAAAAAUUAGCUCCUGUUUGUGGACAAGUAGUCGAAAGAAGUUACAUAUCUUAGCAGCAUUGAGCAACAAUAGUAUCGAAUAUACCAACAUUCGUACUCCAGAUAAUUUGAGAAAAGUCCAACCCACUGAUAUACAUGCAGUAAAGGAACACACAAUAGAUAGGUUGGGCCACCGGUUCGAUAUCCGAGCAAUGGAUAUUUCCCCUGACGAUGACAAAUUACUCGCUACUGCUUCAAACGGUGAGUUAAAAAUUUGGAACACCAGAUCAUAUAAUGUUAUCCGUUCAUUCGUUUUGGAAAGUGGUUAUGCUCUUUGUUGUAAAUUCCUACCUGGUGGAUCUUUAGUUGUUGUUGGGUUCAAGAAUGGAGAUUUGGAGUUGUACGAUUUAGCCACUUCGUCACUUGUUGAUCGCGUUGAAAAAGCUCAUCAGGUGGUUGAUGCAUCAGGGGAUGACAACAGUGCAGCAAUUUGGUCUUUGGAUUUGACCUCGGAUGGUAAGACAUUGGUGACAGGUGGCAAUGAUAAAUGUGUUAAAUUUUGGAACUUUAAAGUUGAGCAGGAUAUAGUCCCUGGGACAAAUACUAUCGUAUCACAACUCAAAUUUGUUCAUACGCAAACUUUGGAUUUGAAUGAAGAUGUAUUAUGUGUGAGAGUUUCACCUGAUGACAAGUAUCUUGCUGUUUCUUUGUUGAAUAAUAAUGUCCAAGUGGUUUUCUUGGAUUCGUUGAAAUUGUUCUUAACAUUGUAUGGACACAAGCUACCAGUGUUAUCAAUUGAUAUCUCUUCUGACUCCAAACUUAUAAUCACUUCCUCAGCAGACAAGAACAUCAAGAUUUGGGGAUUGGAUUUCGGUGAUUGUCAUAAAUCAAUCUUUGCUCAUCAAGACUCGGUCAUGAAUGUCAAAUUCAUUGGAGAAACUCACAAUUUUUUCUCCAGUGGGAAAGACGGGCUUAUCAAGUAUUGGGAUGGAGACAAGUUUGAAUGCAUACAACAGCUACCAGCACAUCAAAGUGAAGUGUGGUGUAUGGCUAUUAGCAAGAAUGGAUUAUUCAUGUGUUCAACAUCUCAUGACCAUUCAAUUAGAUUGUGGUCCGCUACAAGCGAUCAGGUAUUUUUAGAAGAAGAGAGGGAGAAGGAAAUGGAAGAAUUGUAUGAAACGAAGUUAUUAGAACAAUUAGAUCAAGAUGAGCCCGUGCGAGCUGAAGGAGAUGUGGAACAAGAAGAUGAAGAUGGAAGUGGUGAUGUCGCCAAAGUUGGUAAGCAAACAAUGGAGACACUAAAAGCGGGUGAAAAAUUGAUGGAGGCGUUGGACAUUGGUAUUGAGGAUUUGGAAGCCACCAGAGCCUAUGAAUUGGAGUUGAAAACAAACAAACACGCAAUCAGACCCACCCCGAAUGCAGCUUUACUUGCUUUCAAUAUGACGGGACCUGAGUAUGUCCUCGACACUUUGAUCAAGAUUAAACCGUCACAACUUGAUGACGCUUUGGUUGUUUUGCCCUUUUCAUACUCUCUAAAAUUGUUGCAAGUAAUGGAAAUUUGGACUAAUAAAGAAAACAUUUCAAGGAAUGUGACCCGAUUGUCACUAAUCUGCAAGGUUUUGUUUGAUAUAGUUUCAUCCAAUUCCAAGGAGUUGAUUCAUCAAAAGGAUCCACACAUAAAGAAUCAAUUGAUUGCUGUCAAGCAGCAAUUACGUGACAAUAUAUCAAAGACAAGCACAAAAUUAGGGGUAAACACUCAAGGUUUAAGGUUUAUCAAGCAACAAUGGAAGCUAACUCACUCACAAGAGUUUAUUGAUGAGGAAGAGCAACGGCAAUAUAAUGAUAAACAUGCAAUUAAGAGACUGUAUAAAACAAUAUAG